AUUUAGAACUGUAGUACGGUACGUAUCUUUGGCCGUCAUUUUAACAUCGCCGUUUUGGUUAAGUAGAUGCGCAUGAACAAUAUAGCAAUUGUUAGUAUAACAGACUCGUAACUGACACGUUGCUUUUACAAUACACCAAACAUGUUGCCAAUUAUGAUUUCCAUACUUGGGGUGGUCAUGGCAAAACUGCAGGUUAACCAUAUGGUGCAAGAAGAUGCUGACGGCCGUCUUGUGCACAUGGAUGUUAUCUAUGACUAUGGAGAAAAAACAGUGAUGGUUGUCAUUGGGGACGUCUCCAUGUACGAAAAGGGCAUCACUACUGUGAACUUUCACGAUUACAACACGGGGUAUGGAGUUCUAAAGGAGGUCAACAAAAAGCUAUGUGUUAUGACAAGAACCCCUGUACCAAUCCAACCCGAAUGGAAAUAUCAAACGGGUUACACAAAUGAGGUCCAUUAUCAUCAACUGCAUAGCCCAAAACUGCUUUCUCAUCAUGAUGUUGCAAACAUCGGAGGACAAAAACUCGCAGAGUUUUGCAAAGACUAUGUCACUGUGCUGGCCCAGAUUAAACACGCAAAAACAGAAACCGAAGUAUUAACUAAAAGGGGAACCAACUGGUGCCUGUUGUCAGUGUGCGAACAUCCGCUCUGGGAAAACAUUACACACAUAUUUGGAUAAAAUUGUAACGAAUAAAUGUGUUAAUUCGU